AUGGAUUUAAAUUUUCAAAGUGAGUCUUUAGCCAUUUUCGGGUUUUUGAUUUUUACGAAAAAAUGAGCGAUAAUUGGAAUGAUGUGGAUUUGGGACAGAGUUAGUUGAACUGUUUCGAAUUGAUUUAUUUUGUUUUUCAGAUUUUGAAUCCGUCAAUACGACGAAUGAUCAAAGUGGAGUUUUUGGUGGAAAUAUUGGUGAUAGAAAUGUGGUAAGUUUAUUAUUAUUAUUAAAGAUCUACCGAAAUUCAAUUGAAAUUAUUUUAGUUAGUUGGUGGCGGUGGUCCAACUGGCGGAGCUCCAGAAUUCUCUGAUACUCAAUCAACAACUUCAACAAGAAAGAGUAAUUUGUUCUCUUUGGAAUUUUAUCAGCAAUUUUUUGAUGUGGAAACCGAUCAAGUUAUCAAACGUCUUAUGAAUAGUGUUGUUCCAACUCAUCGUAAUUAUAUUCAAGAUUUCUUACAACCAAUUCCUGAUCUUUGGGGUCCAUUCUGGGUAUCGGUCACUUUAAUAUUUUCAAUUGGAAUCUUCGGAAAUCUUGCACAAUUUAUUGAAAGCGAUGGAGUUAAAGGUUAUUAUGGAUCUGAUUUUCGAAUGGUCACAUCUGCUUCAACUUUGAUCUUCCUUUAUGUUGUUGUUGUUCCACUUUUGAUUUAUGGUCUUUUAUGGAAUCGACGAAGUGAAAUGUUGCAUCCUUAUGUUGAUUUGGUUUGUCUUUAUGGAUAUUCGUUGACUAUUUUUGUUCCAAUCACCGUAAGUUUGAUUUUCUUCCGGGAAUUAAAAGGGCAAUAAUUUAUGUUUUUUCCAGUUUUUGUGGAUCAUUGAUAUUAGUUGGUUCCGAUGGGCACUUAUCUUCGCAUCUGUUGGAUUGUCUGGAACUGUUCUCGCAAGAGCAAUUUGGCCAGCUGUGAAAAAUGAUGAAAAUAAAAUCGUGAGUGUAUUUAUUUCUUUAUAAAAAGAUUUUGGAAAUAAAAUAAUAAAAACAAUUUUAGAUUGCUUUUGGAACAAUUGCCGGUGUAUUGAUUCUCCACUUCUUGCUCGCCUUUUCAUUCAAGGUUUGGUAUUUCGACAAAAUGAUUUCUGCUUGAAAAAAGAAAAUGUCUAAUAAAUUAUGUUACUUAUUUUAGUCAUAGAAAUUCUAAAGGGGCUUUUAAAACAAAAAGAUUUAUGGCAAAAUUCACCUUUGCCAAGAUAGUGGUUUCAAAGAGAAAUUUUUGAGAGUGAAAUUGGCCUGUUCAAAAUCUUCAAAAAAUAAUAUUUGUUUAGGAAUUCUAUUUUGAUUCAAUGCAUCCACAAAAAUCAUCGAAUGAAUUGCCGAAAAUUGAAACUACUUUGCCUCCAAGUAUUGCUGGAAAUGGAAGUGUUCCAGAAGCACCAUCACAGGUUAGUAGCUGUGAAUUUAAAAAUUGAUUUUAUACGUUUCAAAGUUUUCUAAUUAAAGUUGAAAAUUUGAUAUUUCCGAUCGAACCAUUUGGUUAAUUUUCUGUACUUAAAAAAUUCAAUGUUUUGAGUUUCCCCUUCAAAAAAGUAUAAUUUCCAGGUUUCUCACCUUCUAACUCUUCCUGCCAAUCAUACAAUCACGAAAAAAGAAGAGCCUGCAGUUUCAACAAUUUCACCAGUUUCCUCGUCAGCUUCAACGGCAACAACAGCUCAAAAAACAUCAACAACAACAUCAGAAAACAACGAAGCAACAACUACAAAAGCAGGAGAAUCAAAGGAGCUAAAACCAACAGAAACAUCGUCAUCUCCAGUUUAUUCAUCUCCAUCUCCAGCUCCAGUUUCCUCAAGUUCCACAGAACCCUCGACAAAUUCCACAAAUGUAUAG